AUGGCGCCGUUGCAAGAGAAGGUUCGCUCUUCGCAGGCGUCUGGUAGCCAACAGGAGCUGCUGCGGCUCACAGGUCGACUGAAGCAGAGUGAAGCGGCGUCGAACCAGCUCAAGGCGUCCUGCGCACUCCAUAAGCAGGACGCUAUGGCCAAAUCAGACCGGAUCGCCUCGCUGGAGGCCACGGCCACUGAACAGCAGUGCCGCAUCGAGCAGCUGGAGGCGGAGGCACUCAAGCUGGGGCCGCUGCGUGUCCAGUGCGACGCUCAGCGCGAGAGACUGGCCCACUCCGAGGCUGCGCUCGCCAAGCAGCAGGCAGACACACAGAGAGAGUUAUUAGCCAAGCAGCAAAAAGUGGAACAACUGGAGAGGAGACUGAAAACUUUCAAGGAUGAGUCCAAGUGUCUCAAGCUGAUACAGGCACAGCUCAAAGAGUCCUUAUCAGAAGCGAAAGAUAGAAUAUGCCUUCUCAACAACGAGGUGGACCAGAAGGUGCAAGCUUUGAGCAAGAAGGAGCAAGAAUUAAGCUCUCUCCGAGAAGGCAUGAAGAAAGUGAAGUGGGAACUCACGGAAGCUCUGCAAGAGAAAGAAGCCGCGCUAAGUGAUUCAAGAAGGCUGCUGGAACGAGCGCUCGUAGAAAUGAAUGCGGCGUGGGAAUCCAAGAUCAAAAGCUCCAGUGCAUGGGGUCCUCAGCUGCCGGACCACGUGCCUCCUUGUUUGGAGUGGAAGCUCGUCGCCCAAGCCCAGAACAACCGGACCACCACGAGUGUUGGCAGCAGGCCAGCUGCACCAGUGGCUCUGUCGGCGCGGACGGCCGAGCUGCAGACCAAGCGGAGCGUGUGGUUUUCGGCGUCGCCUGUUGACCUCGUGCCCAGUGACACUCGACGCCAGUGAAUCGAUUUCCUGCAGUAGUGGGAGAGCGGUGCCCACUGUCUCUCACUUUUAGAUUGGCGCAAGCACCUAGCAGUGAAGGGAAACAGCACAAAAUUUGGUUUGCUACCCGGCCCAGGGGAAGUAGAAAGGUAUAGCUGCAUAAUGCGCAGGCAGUGAUUAUACCUACAUAACAUGCAAUACUGGGCCCAGACGAAAGAGUGAUAGGGGGCAUUGUGAACGAGAAGGCAAAUGACAAAUCGAUCUUAUAAAUUUGACCGCAACGAACAUCCCUUGGAACUCGUCAAAACGAAAGGCGUUUUUCCCUAAGGACAUUUUGGAUGGCCCAGAUGCUUUCAGCAGGCGGCGCAUCCUCUAUAAUGUUGCCGCAGCAUGCCAGGUCCACUAAAGUACACAACCAAAGGUCAUCCCCGUCUGCUGUUGCUGCCUAUGUCAAUAUUUGUUCACUGUAUCAGCAUGUGGCACGUGCACGACAUGCACCAUCGCAUCAAAUUGUUGUGCUCCCACCAAAAAGCCGCGCCGAGUGGCGUGAGCGUAGUAAUCUGUGUGAAACUUAUUACGAAAAAUCUUCAAUCUUUUUCGGUAUUGGUUUGUACCAGCACUAACACAUGGGAAGAAAACUUGGGCAAUCACCAAAAAAUCUGAUACUGACUGCGCAACUAGAGGUGGAAUGGUAAAUUAGAGGUGCAAUAGUAGCAGACAUGAUGAUAUUGAUUAAGGUGCAAAAGGACGGAGCUUACAGUCUAGAUGACAUUAAGAAAUGCAGUUAGCGCACUGUACUUAUACGACAGUGCUCGUGAGCCAUGCCAGCGUUGUGAGCUGAAGGGGUUAAUAACUUUUCUUUACAUUCGCCAUCUGUGAAAUCAAGCCAGCAUGUGUAUGACCAAUGCAAAAGGAGGGGGGGGGGGGGGGGGAAGCAGAGAGCUAGUGACCCACAGAACGAGUACCGAGUAAAAGUGCAAUGCAUGUUAGCAGAGGCUGGUGGACAUUACGCUUAAGUGAGUUAGUAAGCGAAUAAUCGGUUACAGGAGCUUAUCUAGCUGAUAAAUAUACGAAGCUUACUGCGUACUUUGUACUUUGUAACAAAGUACAGAGCUUACUCUGUACUUUGCUAUCGCUAGCAAUGCUUCAGCUUAUUUAUUUAUUUAUUUAUUUAUUUAUUUAUUUAUUUAUUUAUUUAUUUAUUUAUUUAU